AUGGGACUUGGAAGGUACUUUUACUCGAUUCCACAAUGGUACCAAGACUUGCAUGUUCAAUACCAGCCAAUGGCCAACCAUAACAACUACCACACCUGUAGCCUUGCCUACUCCCAAGUCGGCAUCACGCCAUCGUAUAUGAGUUAUAAACAGCGAUACAUUGACAAGAAGCCAUACAAAUGCAGUGUAUGCCGUAAGCGCUUUGCUCUGCGUGCCUAUCUGAAGAAACAUGAGAUGGCACCAGAGGAGGGGAAACAUUUCACGUGCGUUUUUUGUGGCAAGGCGUUCCCAGAACGCGACAAGCUACGCAAUCAUGAACGCACUCACACCGGGGAGCGACCUUACGCUUGCACGCUGUGCGAGAUGGCGUUCGCUCAGAAGGACAAACUCAAGAUCCAUCAGUUAACCCACACAGGCGGCAAACCGUUUGAGUGCAACGUCUGUCAGAAGGCCUUUUCAAGAAAUGACAAGCUGAAAAUUCACGCUCGCUCCCACACUGGGGAGAGGCCGUUCCAGUGCAUGAUAUGCAGACGGGGUUUUUCACGUAAUGAUAAACUCAAGUUGCACCAGCGAUCCCACACGGGGGAGAAGCCGUUCGAGUGUCCAGUCUGCAGGCGAUGUUUCUCGCGCAACGACAAGCUUAAAAUCCAUGAGCGGUCGCACACCGGUGAGAAGCCAUUUACCUGCGGGAUUUGCCAAAAAGCUUUUGCCCGCAAGGACAAGAUGAAAAUCCACGAGUUCACCCACAGCGGGGAGAAGCCUUUUAGUUGUUCAAUGUGUCCCAAGUCUUUUUCACGCAAGGACAAGUUGAAAAUUCAUGAAUUCACCCACUCGGGCCAGAAACCAUACAACUGCAAUAUUUGUUGUAGAGCCUUUUCUCGUAACGACAAGCUAAAGCUCCAUCAGCGGACCCAUGCUGCCGGAGGAUCAAACCCAAGUAGCAGUGCAGGUAGCACCAAUCCAAGUGGCAACAGUAGUGGUGGUGGUGGUGGUGGUGUUGGUGGUGGUGGCGGAGCUGGAGCUAACAGUAUUUCUGGAAUGAAAAGGUGCCUCCUCGAUAAGCACGGACACUGCCAUACUGCAGGCAAUGACCUUUUGCAUGGUCGCAUCGCUUCCAUCCCUUCUUCGACAGCAUCAAUGGUUGCCUCUGCACCAGUGACCUCUGUGACCCCAGGCACCACACCUUGUUCACAUCACCUCCAGAGGAUGCCCACUCAUCUGCCCUGCCUUCCUCAGCCGCCCCCUGCCACUCUGAAUCCUACAUCGAUGACCACCACCUGUACCCAUAAUCAGAUGAUGGUUGCUGCUGCUGCUGCGGCCCAAAACAACUAUAACUGGAAGCGUCCACCUGCCCCGAUGACUUCUACCUGGACAUCCGGUUGGGCCAACACCCUUAGCAUCCCAUCGUACAGUAUUGGGCAAAGGAAGUGUGAGAGCCAGGAAGCGGUGCAUAAUAUACAGGCACUGAUGCAGUGA